CCUAGUUUUGCGGUUUAACACCGGUAGCCGUUGACCCAGCUCCUCCCUGGCCUGUCCCUUCUUAUUUUUGCUUUUGUUUCUUUUUUUGUUUUUUUGUUUUUUGUUUCCCAUUCCUUACAGAAAGUGAUGCACACUCGCAAAAGACACUCAGAGCUCUACCAUGAACUCAACCACUCCACCAAGUUCCAUACCAUAGACAGGUAUAACAGGGACCCUGCCAUGUCCUCCUUCAAGAGGGAAAAGCGAUGGAGCAUUUCGUCUGCCGGAGGUGAAAAGAAUUCUUCGAGUGACAAGUCCACCACAGAUGACCAGCGGUCCUGGGACAGCUUUAAGACCAUGACCCCUGAGCAGACAUGUGGUUCCUGUGAACAUAAGGACAGACUGGAGUUACGCAAUAAACCCUGGGACACAUCCUCCGCCAUCACACCUGACACAUCUGAAGGAGACUUCCAGACUGAAGUGUGAAGAGAACACAUUCACAACAAACUGAGAGACACCUAAACCCUCUUACGUACUCACACUGUUGGUGAUCUUCAGCAAGAUGUGUUCUAAAGGAUUCUGUACUUGUUUACAGGUGUGAGGACAGACCAGAGAUGAAGAGUGCUCUAUUCUAUAUUUUCACACAGAGACAGUAAAUGAAAGAGUGAGGUCUGGAGAGUGUGGUAAAAAAAAAAAAAAAAAAAAAAAAAAAAAAACUGUUUCUGUAAUAUCUUGAUUUUACUCCAGAAAGGAUUCUCUUUCAGCUGUUUGAUGAUUUGGGAAUUUAAAAAAGUAAUAUUUCUGCACCCUUCUUUUUUUUUUUUUUUUUUUUUUUAUAACUGAACGAAAAAACAAAACACAGAAACAGUACUGAUGAUUCACACACUGAUUAAUAAAUCUUGCUUUGUUUUUCGGGGAAGAGGGAGGAGGAAGUUUUGAAAGUAUUCACUAAUAUGUGCCAACCCGUUUUUUUUUUUUUUUUUCUCUGCAUCAGGUGUACUGUACUUACAUGCUGUGUGUUCUAAUUUAUUUUCUAUAAUUUUAUUGAGAAUGUCCAUCUGUUCUUUUCAUUUUAUUUUUUACACCUAAACAGGUAUUAUUUUAUGGGUGAAAGUAGUUCUUUCUUGUCAUACUGCUGUGUGAUUGUGUUUUAAGUUUCUCAAAAUGCCUGACAGAAAAUAUUGUGCUAUACAGUAUGUAUGAUUUAUUGUCAGAUCUGCAUUCGUUCACACCAGGGAAGCAUCUUUGCUCCAUCCUACACAAAACAACCAAAAGAAUCCACAUUCUAGUCAUAAUGAGCUUUGGUGU